AUGUCUAUCAUUAACAGGAAUAUUAAGGUUGCACUACUUCAAUUCUAUACCGGCCCCGACAAACAGGCCAAUUUGCAAAAAGUCAAGGACUUUGCGGCAAAGGCUCUUGCAAAAGAGCCAAGUCUUGAUUUACUCGUUUUGCCAGAAUGCUUUAACUCUCCUUAUGCCGUCGAUCAAUUUAAACACUAUUCCGAGCCAAUCCCAUCAGGAGAGACAACUCGGUUUCUAGCAGAUCUUGCCAAAGAGUAUAGUGUCAAUAUUAUAGGAGGAUCGUUCCCAGAAAUUGGCUCAGAUAACAAAAUCUACAACACCUCUCUCACCUUUGACAAUAAGGGAGAGAUUGUUGCAAAGCACAGAAAAGCUCACUUGUUUGACAUUGACAUUCCUGGAAAAAUGACUUUCAAAGAGUCCAUCUCCUUAGCACCAGGUGAUAAAGCCACUGUUUUUCAACUGGACAAUUUGUGUAAGAUUGGGCUCGGAAUAUGCUACGAUAUCAGGUUUCCAGAACUGGCAAUGAUUGCAGCUAGACAAGGCGCUGGAAUCAUGUGCUACCCAGGAGCUUUCAAUACAGUCACUGGUCCUCGAUUCUGGACCAAGUUUGCUGUAGCCAGAGCAAUUGAUAAUCAAGUGUAUGUUCUGAUGUGCUCUCCCGCAAGAAACGUUGAAGGUGGUGGGUACCAGGCCUAUGGCCAUUCCAUGGUGGUUGAUCCAAACGGGGACGUUUUGGUGGAGGCGAGCCAUGGCGAAGAGAUCGUUUACUGCGAACUGAAGCCGGAGGUCCUGAACGAGGCCAGAAGAAAUAUCCCAAUCACACUGCAGCGUAGAUUUGAUAUCUACCACGAUGUUUCGAAAGACGCUGUGGCCAAGGCCAUUUAG